GCGACCGAUGCUUAAGAGCAAAGGAUUGUGGAUAGUUGGUGGUUUGUGUGUGACAUUGGAGAGAGCAAUGCUGGAGAGGUGGGUCAUUUGAGACUGGUGAGUAUCUUAUCUGCAAGGAUGGGCGCAAAUGCAUCCAGUGCUACGUCUACAGUCCAGGCAGCAGGGACAGUAGUACCUCAGCACACUGCUGCAUCUCCACAAGAAUGUCCAAUGCACCAAAAAAGUAAACCAUCUUCCCCACCACCUGGAUGUCCCAUGCACCAGACUGCUGCCUCAGUCCCAGAAGAGAGCCCUCCUGGUCCAGCUCAUCAGGAAAGAGCUUAUGAAUAUGUGGAGUGUCCAAUGAGAGCAGCAGCUGGAGAAAAGAAUAGAUCUAGUGACAUUGACCCAGCAAAUAUGAUGCCUCCUCCAAACCAGACCCCUGCCCCAGAUCAGCCCUUCUCUCUGUCUGUGGCAAGAGAGGAGUCUAAUAUUCCUCGAGCUGGGUCAGAAAAGAACUGGGUCUAUCCCUCUGAACAGAUGUUUUGGAAUGCAAUGCUUAGAAAGGGGUGGCGCUGGAAAGAUGAUGACCUUUCUCCAGGCGAUAUGACCAAUAUUAUCAAAAUUCACAACCAAAACAAUGAGCAGGCUUGGCAUGAAAUCUUAAAAUGGGAAGCCCUCCAUGCAAAGGAAUGCCCUUGUGGACCCACCCUGGUUCGCUUUGGGGGUAAAGCCAAGGAAUACUCUCCAAGAGCUAGGAUUCGCUCCUGGAUGGGCAGAUACGAAUUACCUUUCGACAGACAUGACUGGAUUGUAGAUCGCUGUGGAAAGGAAGUCCGAUACGUCAUUGAUUACUAUGACGGUGGAGCGGUUAACAAGGAAAACUAUCAAUUCACAAUUCUGGAUGUUCGUCCGGCCUAUGACUCUCUUGGUGCCGUGUGGGAUCGAAUGAAAGUGGCUUGGUGGCGUUGGACUUCAUAAAUCUUCAUCACACAGCUGAUUCUUCCCUCUUUCCCCAAAAUGAUAGAAAGAGCUAACAUGUUCUUUAGUCCUAAUUUAUGAUAAGGAUGUCCAUGUUAGGAUUUGAAAAACACCAUUUUAGCUACUUUUGUGACAUAUCUGACAUAUCUGGGAAUAAUAUAACUUGCGUCCAUCUAUAUCUGUACUUUUCACCGCUGACUCAGUGGCUGUGAUAAACAGGUUUUAUUUUGUUAGUUUCAGAUUUUCUUUAGGGUCUUUGAUACAAUAGUUCUAUUUAUUUUCUAAUCUUUGAUUCAGUUGUUCACCAUUGCACAUUUUAUUAAGUAAUGAAAGACAUGCUUGGGGGAAGAGUGUAGUAUUUAAUGCUGUAAUUUAAUUCAGUUUAAUUCAGAGCUCUUGGAUAACUAGGUUUUCAACCACAAUGAUUUAUGUGCUCCUAUUCUGUUCUGCCAGUUUAUAUACAGUAGAUGGGUGCAAUGGAAAUAAGGAACAAGUAAUAGGUUUAUUCCAUGCUGGGAAAAAAGAAGA